CCUUUUUCUCAUUCCCAAACUCGACACUCUCCAUUAGUCAUUGCAAACAAACUCUGAAAGAGGAAACGCCAUGUCUCUGCAAAUGCAAGAAGAAGAUUUCGGAAUGUGUCCGAGCUUCAAUAGUUACUCCAGCGGAGCAACGGCAGAUGCCGCUAGAAGAGCCGGCGGCGAGUUCUCAAGCGGCUGUUCUUCAUUCGAUUUUGAUCUAUUGCCGUCGCUGAAGAAAGCAGAGGAUCAGGCAGAUGACGAUGAUUUUGAAUUCGUCUCGCUCCAGAAAUCUGGUGAUUCUGAUAUAUUUCGUGGCGGUUUGAUCGCUCCUGCGUUUCCGGUUUUCGAUUCCGAGCUUCUGUUUGAGGAACGUCAGGUUGAAAGAGCGGAAAUCGACGGUCGAGAUUCGGCAAUCGUGCAGCCGAUUCAAAUUCCUUUGGAGAAGCUUCUAAUUAGAGAUCGAGAUAACGAUCCGCUGUCUUCUUCGUCGUCUUCUUCGUCGUCGUCAUCGUCAGCGGACGAAUUGGAAGGAGUUCCGUCUGGAACGUACUGCGUUUGGAAACCUAAAUCCGUCGGAACGCCAAAUCUGGCGUGCAAGAAGAGCCGAUCCACUGGAUCAUCGUCGACAAAGCGUUGGGGAAUCCUAGACCUCUUACGGAGAAGCCACAGCAGCGGAAAUCGCACAUAUGUCUCCUUCACUUCGUCGACGAGUUUAUACUCAACUAAGAAGGCAAAAGAAAUCAAGUCAGAGACAAAAUCGGCGAAGCAAUUGAAGGAGAAGAUAUAUUACUCCAGCGAGGCGCGUAUCGGCAACAAAUCGAGAGGCCAGAGACCCGGCGGAGAUCACAAGAAGAAUAUCUCUGCACACGAAUCGUUCUACGUGAGGAAUCGUACAUUGAAAGAAGAAGGUAAGAGAAAAUCGUAUCUUCCUUACAAGUUACAAGCCGGAAUUGGUUGGUUGUUGGAUUAACGUCAUUGGAUAGGGCAGAGCCAGUUGGUUAUGGAGCAUUUAAUUUUUGCAAUUGCAAAAGCUCUGAUCAUGAGUGGUUCAUUCGCAUCACUGUACAUCAAAACGUUUAUGUUUACAGUUUAGAUAUGCAAAAAUGAAAAAUAAAGAUGAUUGAUGAACAAGUUUUUCCAGGCAUCUUUGAUCAUAUAAAAUGCUUAGUCUAUGAAUAUGUAUACAAAGAGAUCGUUAUUCAAUUAGGAUUUGGGAUUCCAUGAGAGAAUUUUGGUGGAA